CGAAGCCUGCUGGGCGUCCGGAGGAGGAGGAGGAGGAGGAGGAGACGGAGGGCGGCGGCGGCGCGGAGGUCACGGCGCCCUCUCCAUGUCUGGGUGCGGGCGGGGAGAAAGCGAGGAGGAGGAGGAGGAGGAGGAGGAGCCUCCGCCGCCGAGGGUGACACACGGAGCAGCAGCAGCAGCAGCAGCGGGGAUGGACGGGCCGGCGCGGCGGCGGCCGCUCUUCCUCCUGCUCCUGCUCUCCCGCCGGCGCCCGCCCGCCCGCCCGCCCUGCCUCCUGGGCCUUGGCCCGAGCCCGGCUGGCGGCUGCUGCUUGCUGCCCGGCCAGGCAUCAUCUCGACCGCCGGGUGCUGCUUGCCAUGGACUUCCCUCAGCACAGCAAGCAGGUCUUGGAGCAGCUGAAUCAGCAGCGCCAGCUGGGCCUUCUCUGUGACUGCACCUUUGUGGUCGACGGCAUCGACUUCAAGGCCCACAAGGCAGUCCUGGCCGCCUGCAGCGAGUACUUCAAGAUGCUUUUCGUGGACCAGAAGGACGUGGUGCACCUGGACAUCAGCAACGCGGCAGGUCUGGAGCAGGUGCUGGAGUUCAUGUACACGGCUAAGCUCAACCUGAGCCUGGAGACUGUGGACGACGUCCUGGCCGUGGCCGGCUUCCUCCAGAUGCAGGAGAUCAUCAACGCCUGCAACACGCUGCGCUCCCUGUCGGCAGCGGUGGAGGACAGCGGUGGAGAAGGACCGGAGGCUCUGCCUGUGGCUGGGCAGGAGAAGAUGGCUGCUGAAGACAAAGAGGCAGCAGAAGCCCCCCGGGAGCCCGAGGUGCUCCCCUGCUCCCUCAAGAAGGGCGGGACGCUGGGCGCCCCUGCAGAGGAGCCAGUAGCCGAGGGGAAGGCGAGCAGAGAGGCUGGCCAGGAGCCUGCUGCAGAUGAGGCGAUGGAAGACGACUCCUCGGGUCUCCCUGAGGACCUGCAGCCAGAAGGUCCCUCUCCCGGUGAAGGCAGCCCUGCUACGAAACCUCUCCCUGCCAGGACCACGGAGGCUGAGAUGGAGGUAGAGCUUGAAGACCGAGAGGAAAACGACGACCCGCCUUUGGAGGCAGAGGCAAAUGCCAAGCCACCCCUGGCAGACUUGGCCAAUGGCAGCGCUCCCGAGGAGACCGAGUCGUCAGUGGGCACCGACUCGGGGCAGGAGAAUGCAGGGGAGGCCCGACUGCUACGCUCCGGAACGUACAGUGAUCGGACAGAGUCGAAAGCCUAUGGGUCGGUGACGCACAAGUGUGAGGACUGCGGAAAGGAGUUCACCCACACGGGCAACUUCAAAAGGCACAUCCGCAUCCACACGGGGGAGAAGCCCUUCUCCUGCCACGAGUGCAGCAAAGCGUUUUCCGACCCAGCCGCCUGCAAAGCCCACGAGAAAACGCACAGCCCCCUGAAGCCCUACAGCUGUGAGGACUGCGGCAAGAGCUACCGCCUGAUCAGCCUGCUGAACCUGCACAAGAAGCGCCACACGGGGGAGGCCAAGUACCGCUGCGAGGACUGUGGCAAGCUGUUCACCACUUCGGGCAACCUGAAGCGCCACCAGCUGGUGCACAGUGGGGAGAAGCCCUACCAGUGCGACUACUGCGGCCGCUCCUUCUCGGACCCCACAUCGAAGAUGCGCCACCUGGAGACCCACGACACGGACAAGGAGCACAAGUGCCCUCACUGCGAGAAGAAGUUCAACCAGGUGGGGAACCUCAAGGCCCACUUGAAGAUCCACAUUGCUGACGGGCCGCUGAAGUGCCGGGAGUGUGGGAAGCAGUUCACCACCUCAGGCAACCUGAAGCGGCACCUGCGCAUCCACAGCGGCGAGAAGCCGUACAUCUGUGUGCACUGCCAGCGCCAGUUUGCCGACCCCGGUGCGCUGCAGCGCCACGUCCGCAUCCACACGGGCGAGAAGCCCUGCCGGUGCCUGGUCUGCGGAAAGGCCUUCACCCAGGCCAGCUCCCUCAUUGCCCACGUGCGCCAGCACACCGGGGAGAAGCCCUACGUCUGCGAACGCUGCGGCAAGAGAUUUGUGCAGUCCAGCCAACUGGCCAACCACAUCCGCCACCAUGACAACAUCCGGCCACACAAGUGCAGUGUCUGCAGCAAGGCCUUUGUCAACGUGGGCGACCUCUCCAAGCACAUCAUCAUCCACACAGGCGAGAAGCCUUUUCUCUGUGACAAGUGCGGCCGGGGCUUCAACCGCGUGGACAAUCUCCGCUCCCAUGUCAAGACCGUGCACCAGGGCAAAGCCGGCAUGAAACUGCUGGAACACGGCGAAGGGGAUGAGCUCAACAUUGUGACCGUGGCCUCGGAGGAGAUGGUGACCCUUGCCACAGAAGCACUGGCAGCCACUGCAGUGACGCAGCUCACAGUGGUCCCCGUAGCGGCACCUGUCACAGCAGACGAGACAGAAGCGCUCAAGGCAGAGAUCACAAAGGCAGUGAAGCAAGUGCAGGAAGCUGACCCCGACACUCAGAUCCUCUAUGUCUGUGACUCCUGUGGAGAGAAGUUCCUGGAUGCCAGUGGCCUGGCGCAGCACGUGCGCAUCCACACGGCGCAAGCCCUGGUCAUGUUCCAGGCCGACACAGACUUUUAUCAGCAGUAUGGAGCUACCACUGCCUGGCAGGCUGAGCAGGUGAUCCCUGCAGGAGAGGUGCUCUUCCGGACACGGGACGGAGCCGAGGCACAGACACCUUUGGCGGAGAUGCCGCAGGCCACAGAGUGCCAAAGUUCUGCAGAAUGAGAGGCAUUGGCCACCCUCGGGGAGCAGGGACCGAACUGGCCUUGGGCAAGUGUUGGGCUGAAGACCACAGCAGGGUCUGCCCACUUUGUGAUGGCGGAAUCAGCAGCAGCCACCGCCAAGAGAGGGGCUUGGCUCUGAAGGACAGCUGCCUAUGCUCCCUCCCCUGGACUGCUACAGCUCCACUGCAAGCAGCUAUUUAAAGGAGACUGUGCUACAGAAUACUGAUGUAAAAAAAAGUUAUUUCUGUACUUGGAAGAAUCUACAACUGUGUUAAUAUUUAGAAAAAAAUAAAUGCCAUUAUUUUCUAAAA